AUGAACACUGUAAAUGAGAAUCCGAACUCUUUUAUCCGCUAUGCCAGAUAUGUUCAGAGAAUCGCUCAAUUCGGGUUUUUCUCCACCUCCGUCUUCUGCUCUCUGUUGAUUUAUCUCACUAUUUUCUGGCUUCAAAGAAGUUUUGGAAGUUAUAAAUAUCUCCUGGUUCUUUUUCCUUCAGUCGGGAUCCUCUUUGCUACCGUUGAAUUGAUUCUGUAUCCGGACGUCUAUUCCCAUAAUUCUGGGUAUCUUUUUUUCACUCCCCUAAGGCCAUUUAACCUUGGCAGAGACAUGGUUACUGCGCUUCUUUCUUUCUACUCAGGAGUAUAUGCGUAUACAAUUUCCAUGCUAUCCGUUCAAUUUAUCUAUCGAUACUGGGCGAUUUUUGACACUACCAAACUUCGAUAUUUCAAAGGAUGGAGAUUCUCAAUUUGUGUGCUUUAUUCGUCGGUGUUUGGUGUUUUAUGGACAAUGGGAAUUUACUGUUUCGAUGAGAUGGAUGAAUACUCCGAAAAAUAUAUGGAAAAAGAUCUUCUUGAAAGAUACAAUUUGACUGUUUCCGAAAUCUCUUCAUUGGCUUUGGUUACGUAUAACGAAGAUGGAUCACUCAGAUGGUUCAACAUUUCGGGUACUUUCGAUAUGACAGCUAUCAUGUUGCUUCAGUACACAGUGAUUAUUUAUUGUGCCAUUUGGAUGUAUCAUGGAAUGGAAGAGAAACUCCGAUCAUUGUCUUUAUCGAUGAGGAAUCUUCAUAAGCAACUGUUCAAGACACUGAUACUUCAAAUCGUCACUCCAACCAUUUCUCUGUUUUCACCAGUAUUUUUCAUAAUCUAUCUCCCAUUUUUUGAUCUUAAAGUUGACCUUCCGACUGGAAUCUUCCUUGCCGUUUUUACAAUCUAUCCUGCGAUGGACGCCAUGAUUGUGAUGUAUGUCGUGGCAGAUUACAAGAAGGCUGGAAAGAGAAUUCUCAAGAAGCUUGUAGAUAAGGCGUACAACUGGAUCAACGGAUUGGACGAGGAAGAAAAUACCAAAGAAAUCAAUGCAAAUAUUCCAGCAGCUUUGAAUGCUCUUUGA